CUCGGUCCUGCAUGAGGCUGAUCAGGGUCAACUGCAAACCUGAACAGAAUACAGGCAGUCCUCCGAUUUACAACACGAUUGGUUCCUGAAAACUAUGUCUUAAGUUGAAACAUUGUAACUCAGAACCAAUUUUCCCAUAGGAAUAAUGUUAUAAAUGGGGGAUUGGUUCCUGAACCAAGGCCCGAUACCUUAUUUUCACCAAAAACAACCCAGAAUUUUGUACUCAAUCAAUCAUACAUGAAUGUAGCUAUGUUACUCAUCUGUUUAUGUUGUAAAUAGAAAUCAUAUUGAUUUGGAAGGACUUCUUUGAGGUUUCAUAGUUGGUAGGGUAAGAAGGGACCUGAGCAGAUCAUAAAGUCCAACCCCCUGCCAUGGCAGGAAAAAGUACUGGGGUCAAACGACCCCAGCAAGGUGUUUGUCUAACCUCCUCUUAAAGACCCCCAGGGUAGGAGCCAGUACCACUUCGCUUGGAAGUUGGUUCCAGGUCGUAGCCCACCCUGACUGUGAAGUAGCAACUCCUGAUGUCUAGUCUGACAUGACUUUGCUGGACUUGGGUGUUACUAUUGUAAAACCUAUAGUCUAUGGAAAUGUUGCGCGAUACUUUGGAAAGAAAAGAGAGGAAGAUGGUCAUACUCAUCAAUGGACAGUUUACGUGAAGCCUUACAGAAAUGAGGAUAUGUCUGCUUAUGUGAAGAAAAUUCAAUUCAAGUUACAUGAAAGCUACGGGAAUCCUUUAAGAGUUGUUACCAAACCGCCAUAUGAAAUUACUGAAACAGGUUGGGGGGAAUUUGAAAUCAUCAUUAAGAUAUUUUUUAUUGAUCCCAAUGAAAGGCCUGUAACUUUGUAUCAUUUGCUGAAGCUAUUUCAAUCUGAUACCAAUGCAAUACUGGGGAAGAAAACUGUGGUUUCUGAAUUUUAUGAUGAAAUGAUAUUUCAAGAUCCUACUGCUAUGAUGCAGCAGCUGUUGACAACCUCUCGUCAGCUGACACUAGGAGCUUAUAAACAUGAGACUGAGUUUGCAGAUCUUGAAGUUAAAACCAGAGAAAAGCUGGAAGCUGCCAAAAAGAAAACCAGUUUUGAAAUAGCUGAGCUUAAAGAAAGAUUAAAAGCAAGCCGUGAAACUAUCAACUGUUUAAAGAAUGAAAUUAGGAAACUUGAAGAAGAUGAUCAGUCUAAAGAUAUCUAACAAGCAUCAACUUGAUAAAGACAUUAAACUGAAACUUAAGGGACUUUGAUUCUGGAAUCACAUUAACACUUUCUCUCUCUCUUUUGUGGAGGGAACUACAUACAGUUUCAUUAAUGAAUUUCAUUUGAAAAAUGUGGGAUUUAGCUUUAUACAUGAGCAAAUAAAAUUACACUUUUGUAGCUUAAAAUGCUGUGGAUAUUUUGCAAUAUUAUUUUAAAGCAAGUUUCUGAGAUCAAACUUUAAAAAAAUAUAUUUAAAUUCAGUAUGAUAACUUUGCAGUAAGACUUGAUAGCUUAUUGUGAUUUUUUUUUUUUCUUUUUACGGUAAUAUUAAAUUGUCAAACUGGA